ACACACGCGCGCGCGCACGCGAAGCGCUCUCUUCGCCCCCCUCUCCUCUCCUCUCCUCUCUCUCUCUUCCUCCUCCUCCCACGGCGAUGCUCUCAGGGGGCUCGGGGCACAGCAAUGGCUACUCCGGCUAUGGGCGGCGGAGGCCGAGGCUCGGCUCGAGAAGGGCGAGGGACCACCGCCGCGGCGGCGGCGGCGGCGGACCCUUUAGGGUUUGCUCGUACGAGCCCUCCUCCUCGAGCGUCUCCACCGCGUCGUAUACCGAUGGGGAUAGGGUUGCGGAGUCGCAGUGGGGGGAGUACGAUCGCGCCUACUUCCAAUCGUACUCGCAUGUCGCGAUCCAUGAGGAGAUGAUCAAGGAUCAUGUGCGGACGGAUACGUACAGGGCAGCGAUCAUGCGUCAUCAGAAUUUUAUUGCAGGCAAAGUUGUCAUGGAUGUUGGCUGUGGAACAGGCAUCCUCUCUAUAUUCUGUGCUCAAGCCGGUGCUAGGCGGGUAUAUGCAAUAGAAGCCAGUGAGAUUGCUGUACAGGCUAAUGAAGUUGUGAAAGAAAAUGGUCUAUCUGACAGGGUCAUCGUACUCCAUGGACGAGUGGAGGAUGUUGAAAUUGAGGAGAAGGUGGAUGUUAUAAUUUCUGAAUGGAUGGGUUAUAUGCUUCUUUAUGAGAGUAUGCUUGGGAGUGUUAUAUUUGCCAGGGAUAAGUGGCUUAAGCCUGGGGGACUUAUCCUGCCUUCUCAUGCCACACUAUACAUGGCGCCGAUCACCAAUACUGAGAGGUAUCAAGAUAGUAUUGAUUUCUGGCGUGAUGUCUAUGGGAUCAAUAUGUCUGCACUAUUGCCACUUGCAAAGCAGUGUUCAUUUGAAGAGCCCAUGAUUGAAACAGUUAGUGGAGAGAAUGUUUUAACAUGGCCAUUUGUGAUAAAAUAUGUUGAUUGCUAUACCGUCACAGCUCGGGAGCUUGAAUCUGUCACUGCAAGAUAUAGAUUUGCAUCAAUGAUGCGAGCUCCUCUCCAUGGUUUUGGUUUUUGGUUCGACGUCGAGUUUAAUGGGCCAGUGCUAUAUCCUUCCAACCACCAUUCAAGUUCCCUUUCCGGCACCUCAUCCUCCGAUUUGUACUCACACGGUGCUUCUACGCAGAGGAAGAGACAAUCUAGGUCUAGUGACACGAUUGUGCUGUCAACGGCACCUGAGGAUCCUCCGACACAUUGGCAACAGACCAUCCUCUACUUUUAUGAUCCCAUAGAGGUGAAGCAAGACCAAAUAAUAGAAGGCUCUAUAACAUUAUCUCAGAGCAAGGAGAACCCUCGGUUUUUGAAUAUCCACCUCGAGUACUCUUCGGGUGGUCGAUCCUUCGUAAAAGAGUCCGUGAUGCGGUGAUUUACUUGGCAGUGACUGCUAUACUUUUCACACCUGAAAGAGUUGAGCUGCCUCCGCGUGGAUCAUCGUCUGAAGAUAUCAGUGCCUUAAAUUUUAUGGCGUAAUGAAUGAGAUUCUUUUUUCAUGCUUUAUUGAGAAUCUUGAAAAAGAAGAGUUUUUAGCUUUCAACAAAUUGAGCUCUGUUCUCCUGUAGGUCAUUGGCUACAUAGGCUUUCCUUUUUACCCUUUAGUUAUUCAUUUUUAUCUUGCGCUAUUUUUGUUUGGUUGGCUUGAAUUAGAACAUUCUUACGAUAAAUAUUUUUUCGAAUUUACAGUAAUUUAAUAGAGGGUUUUAUAUGAGCAAUA